UCAGAACUUCGCCACCCCUCAGACAUAUGCUGCGAAAUCGGUGGUCGAUUUGAAACCGGCGCAGACACCAACGACACCAACUCAGACACCGACGGCCAGCUCGAGUACUCAGGAGACUCAGACUCAACCUGAUGCCUCGAACGAACAACGAAAGGUACCUAGAUCUAGGAAGAGGCGAAGAUUGAAUGAAGAGGAAGAAGAGAUGAAGAAUGAGAUAGCUACAUCUGUCGCUGCGAACUUAGAACUCGACCAGAUCAUGACACUGUAUCCAGAUGCGGAUACCCCUUUCGAGAAUGAACUGGAUGUUGUGCAUCGGUUGUUGCCUUAUCACAUCUUCCAGCACCCUCAGCAUGAUCUUAACGAGAUGCGGGGAUUGAAGGGCAAAGCAAAAGCGAACGAGGCGGAUUUAUUGCUUGAGAUACAGGAAACCAAAUUUGCAUUAGAGUGCCACAGACGGUUUAGAUCAUUGGAACACCGCAUGAAAAAGGCUCGCCUGAAACCUGGUCAAAAUACUAUUCCUCUCGAUCAGGCCAUAUUGGUCGAGAGAUUGCUACUAGAAUCCGAGCACUUGGACUCCUCGGCACUGGACCAAGAACUAUCGAGUGCUCGCUCCGAACUUGACAAGGUCCUUCGCGCUCAGCGGUUGGCGAAACAGACAGCCAAUCGGUCAACAUUAACGACGUCAGGCUCCACAUCCAUCAAUGGCACCACUAAUCAUACAACGCCUUCUUAUUACGGUUACGCUACUUCGACGUUCAACGCUUCAUCGACUCCGAAUUACUCGAAUUACUACAGUUCUUACACAUAUCCUUAUGCUCAGUCAUUUAUUCCUGGCGUAUCACACACGCAAUCCGCAAAAACUGGCACCUCGGCCAUUCCUGGCGCUUCUUCCUUCCCCACUGGCGCCUCAGCCCAGGUGCAAUCGUCGACAUCUUCGACCAACCAGGCAAAUGCGUCGUCGCCUUCUACAUCGGCACCUGCGCGACCGCCUCCUGUCGCUAUUCCCUUGCAGCUUCCAGUGACGUCGUUGCCGGCAUUACAGUCGCUCGGCAUCCUUCCGGUGCCACAGGCUUCUUUGGCUUCAUCGCCUAAUCAACAGCCAGCAGCUGUUCUCCUUGGCUCGUCGAACAAUGGCACUAUGCUUAGCUUGGAGAUCAACGCCGCACUUCUACAGCCACCUCAGAUGAGUGGCCUAGCUAUCCUACUAAGCAGCCUUGUGAAAAUGAGUGGGGGUUCGAGCGACACCGGACAGACGCAAACCGCAGGUACAGGUGCUACUACUACUACCCAAAACGCGAGCAAUAGCGCUGCAACAGCACAGACCGCCACGGAUACUGCAGCCGGCUACAAAAACGGUUCGAAAUAG